UUUUAUGAUUGUUAGGUCACGUUUAGUUUCUGUUGGUUCUGUCAGUUCUAAUCGGACAUUGAACAAGUACACGUCACAGGCAUUUUUACAUUCGGAUAACAAGUUUGCCUUUCUUUGUCCGCUCAUUGUAUGGAAUAGCUACGUUGAAAGUAAUUCGAUGAAACAGCUGGAUGCAGUAUAUUCAUUGCAGUAUGGAUAAGCGAGAGAAGAGUAUUAAGCAUAGUGAUACCCCUGUGGAGCCUAUAAGCAGCUGCAGGGAUGAACAUGGUUAUAUGCCAACAGUUGGUCGCUGGGGUUGCGAAUGGCCAAGUUGACUCGAAUCGAAAGAAAUUUGGUGUCAGCCACAGGGGCAAGCCCGUGGGCCUUGGAUUAGAGGUAUCCCGUUACCUCUUCCUGUAUGGGCCCAAUAUGAAUCAGCUAUCUUAACUGUCGAUAGUGUUGAAGAAUAUGAAGAAUUAGCAAGCAGCGUUGAACUUGAAACUCAACGACUCUUGCAUGACUAUCGAUAUGAUACAAUUGGGAACUUUCUCCGAUUUUACAAGGAUUUUAAAGAAAGUAAAGAGCUAAUAGUGGAACGUUUUUAUCAAAAAUAUCAACCUUUGAUUACUCAUAAACAUUACACAUGUGUUGGCCUCGGUUUUGAACUAAUGAUUCGGUUAAGCAAACUCAAUGUCAGAUUUCCAGGAAUCUCAAGUGGCCUGUAUUUAGCAUCUUGUGAAGAGACUAUAGGAGAUAUUGAAGGAUAUGUUGGUGGACCACCAGCAGCAGACAGUGGAGAAAAAGAGCAUGUACUUGUUUGUCUAAAAAUCAAAAUCAACGGACGUAACGGAGUUUUAUUAUUAGACCCUGGUUAUCAUGUUGCUCGAGUUGUUACUGUCAUGGCUGAUAAAUUAUAUCCUCAUACAGGCUGGUUCACUCAGUCUGAUGAAAGUAACUGUAAAAAAGACUACAAUUAUUCUCAGUGCUUACAAGAUUCUGAUUAUAUAGAGUGGCAUGAGAGAGAAAAUCGCCCUGGUGCCUUGGAGCGUACACAAGUCGCUCUGAUUUACAUAGCAAGGCCAUAUUUAACUGCCAUUGAUGUUACUGAACGAAGAAAUUUAGUAUAUAAUUUCCGAAGCCUUCUUGCUAGAGAUACAAAAGGUCACGUAACAGCUGGCUUAUAUUUUUCACUCAAACUUGAUGAGUCACAAAUGUUUACAAUUUUUUAUCAAACAAAUAAUGGAAAAAAAAGAUUUAAGAUGCCGUUUAAUAAAUUUUAUAACCCAUCGAAAAUUACUAUUAGUGAUGAAGAAAAAUUGAUAAUAUCAGAAUGCGCUACUCGACUUAAAAUGACGAAUGAGCAAUUAAAGGAUCUUAUUACAUUAUUGGCUAUGGUUAUGAAAGAUACAUCGUUCGUAGCUCAAGUACUGGCAAUAAACUCCAGAAUCAACAGUUUAGCUGAAGACAACUAAGAACACCCAAUAUAUACUUGAUUAUGAUACGAUGUCAAUGAAUUAUUAAUUAUUAAAGUCAGAAUGAGGGAAAA